GCUAUGGCGCCCAGGUCACCAGUGUGGAGCACGGCUAUGGCGCCCACUUAAGUACCACUGAUGCAGGUCGCCUGUGUGGAGCACGGCUAUGACGCCCAGUUAUGUACUGCUGACGCAGGUAUGUGUUGUUGUUGUUGUCGUUGUUGUACAGUUCGCCAGCAUGGAGCACGGCUAUGGCACCCAGGUCGACAGCGUGGAGCACGGCAAUGGCGCCCAGGUACCAGUGUGGAGCACGGCUAUGGCACCCAGGUUGCCAGUGUGGAGCACGGCUAUGGCGCCCAGUUAUGUACCACUGACGCAGGUGGCCAGUGUGGAGCACAGCUAUGGCGCCCAGUUAAGUACAGCUGACGCAGGUCAACAGCGUGGAGCACAGCUAUGGCACCCAGAUACCAGUGUGGAGCACGGCUAUGGCGCCCAGGUAAGCACCGUUGACGCAGGUCAACAGCGUGGAGCACAGCUAUGGCACCCAGAUACCAGUGUGGAGCACGGCUAUGGCGCCCAGGUAAGCACCGUUGACGCAGGUCGACAACGUGGAGCACGGCUAUGCCGCCCAGGUACCAGUGUGGAGCACGGCUAUGGUGCCCAGGUCGACAGCGUGGAGCACGGCUAUGGCGCCCAGGUCGACAUCGUGGAGAACGGCUAUGUCGCCCAGGUACCAGUGUGGAGCACGGCUAUGGUGCCCAGGUCGACAGCGUGGAGCACGGCUAUGGCGCCCAGGUACCAGUGCGGAGCACGGCUAUGGCGCCCAGGUCAAGAGCGUGGACCACGGCUAUGGCGCCCAGGUACCAGAGUGGAGCACGGAUUUGGCGCCCAGGUCGCCAGUGCGGAGCACGGCUAUGGCGCCCAGUUAAGUACCGAUGACGGAGGUCGACAGCGUGGAGCACGGCUAUGGCGCCCAGGUACCAGAGUGGAGCACAGCUAUAGCGCCCAGGUCGUCAGCGUGGAGCACGGCUAUGGCGCCCAGGUAAGUACCGCUGACGCAGGUCGUCAGCGUGGAGCACGGCUAUGGCGCCCAGGUAUCAGUGUGGAUCACGGCUAUGGCGCCCAGGUCGACAGCGUGGAGCACGGCUAUGGCGCCCAGGUACCAGAGUGGAGCACGGCUAUGGCGCCCAGGUCGCCAGUGUGGGGCACGGCUAUGGCGCCCAGUUAAGUAACACUGACGAAGGUCGCCAGUGUGGAGCAUAGCUAUAACGCCCAGUUAAGUAUCGCUGACGCAGGUGGACAGCGUGGAGCACGGCUAUGACGCCCAGUUACUAGUGUGGAGCACGGCUAUGGCGCCCAGCUAAGUACCGCUGACGCAGGUCGACAGCGUGGGGCACGGCUAUGGCGUCCAGGUCGACAUCGUGGAGCACGGAUAUGGCGCCCAGGUAC